CUAGGGCAGGAAGGAGGCGAACGGGUUCUCUGCCAUUAUGGCUCGCAGGUCGCAGAGUUCAUCACAGGGGGACAAUCCCCUGGACCCCAAUUACCUCCCUCCGCACUACAAGGAAUAUUAUCGCCUGGCCCUGGACAAGCUGGCUGAGGAAGGUGAGGAGAGCUACCGGCAGUUCCUGACGGAGGAAGGAGCCCCGGACUUCCUCUGUGCCUCAGAGGUGGAGCACAUCACCCGGCACCUGCAGAAGCCCCAGUAUGCCAGCCAGGAGGGGGGAGGCAGCACAGACUCUGGCCCGGGGGACACGGACGCAGACGGCUCUUCGGGGACUUAUUGGCCCAUGAACUCUGACCUGGCUGUCCCAGAGCUGGACCUCGGCUGGCCAAUGGUCUUUGGCUUCAGGGGGACUGAGGUGACAACCCUGGUGCAGCCCCCCCCACCAGACAACCCCAGCAUCAAGGAGGAGGCACGCAGGAUGAUUCGAGCUGCGCAACAGGUUGUUGCAAUAGUGAUGGAUAUUUUCACGGAUGUGGACCUGCUGAGUGAGGUGCUGGAUGCGGCCGCACGCAGAGUGCCUGUCUAUAUCCUGCUGGACGAGAUGAAUGCCAAGCUCUUCCUCGACAUGGCUGCCAAGUGCAGAGUGAACCUGAACUAUGUGGAGUUCCUGCGGGUGCGAACAGUCUCUGGCCCCACAUACUACUGCCGCACGGGGAUGUCGCUCAAGGGGCACGUGAAGGAGAAGUUCUUGCUGGUGGACUGCAUGGUGGUGCUGAGUGGCAGUUACAGCUUUAUGUGGUCGUUUGAGAAGAUCCACCGGAGCAUUGCCCACAUUUUCCAGGGAGAGCUGGUCGCCAGCUUUGACGAGGAGUUCCGCAUUCUGUUUGCACAGUCAGACCCUUUGGUUCCUCCUGCCAACGUCUUGAUGAAGACAGAGGGCCUCAUGGCACCCUUUGGCUUGACCCCUUUUGGCCACAACAUGUCCUUGUUCCCCAAGAAGCCCCCCCACCUGCUGUUUCCUAGAGAAGACAACCUUUUCUCACCAUUUAUGGACAGAGUUGAUCCAGAUCGAUAUUUCUUGUCCUCUUUCAGAAGAGAUGACUUGCUGCGUCACACCUUGGAGGGUUCUGCCAUGAGGAUGUAUUCCAAAAAGAUUGAAUUGGAAAAUGCCCAAAUGGAUCCUGUCCGGGGCUUUCUCCGUUCCAAGCAAUUGGAGUUGGAUUCAUUUAAAAGGCAUAGCUUUGCAGAGGGAACCUUUGAGAACUUUUCUGCUUCAAAGCAGUAUUCCAGGCAGAUGUUCAUGAAUAAUUUGGAUGACUUUAAAAUCCAAUCAAGUCAUUUUCAGAAGGACCAGUUUUAUCAGUACCAAUUUGAACACCCCCAUGGUGCAAACAGGCCUCAGGGACUCUUUGAAAGAAUCCGGGGGGGCAGGUCAGGGUUUGGUGAACUAGAGGAUUACACAGAAUCUCUGAGGCACCCAGAACUGGAAUCCAACUUCCCCCAGGAAAACUUCCCCAUGCGCCUGGAUUAUGUGCCUUCUAAUUCUUCCAAGGAAGUGAGACAUGGCUCUGACCAAGUGAAUCCAGCGGGAAAUGGCCUUCUAGGGCUACCGCCUCUAAAACGGCAAAACAUGGGGCAGAAGUUCAUGUGCCAGACCUCCCCAACACAGAAGCAGAGCCUGGAACAGAGGCUGUUUCUGCAUGACCAAGACCAGGAUGCUGAUCAAGACAAGAAAUCCCAGGAGAACAGAGCAGGUUUACGCAACUGGAGAAUAUCCUCAUAUCUGAGCGGGUACCAGACUGAAUCCGGAGAAGAAGGACUCUGUAAUGUGCCAGUGGAGACGGAGCCCUUCAGUGAAGCGCUUGGUCUUGCAGAGCCUCUCCCCAGGUUCCCCAGUGACCUCACCUCCUUCAAGCCCUCCCUGCCACUUUCCAGUGUCAAAGAGACGGCUGGGGCUGACAAAGCAGGCGAGGAGUCCUCUGUCCUGAAGCAGGAGCCGUUCAGGAGCAGGAUAAAUCCCUUGAUCCAGAGAAGCUCACGGCUCAGAUCUUCCCUUAUUUUCAGUGCUGCCAAGCUAGACCAGCAGAAUGUGUCUGCUGAGAAAGUUCAGAUGAUCCAGAAAGAGCAGACAUCCACGGAGACUACAAAAGACAAUGAAACAGUCAAGACUUCCACGGCCUCUAAAGUAGCUGAGCUGCUGGAGAAGUACAAGGCUGCCAGCAAAGACUCUGAGAGUACUACAGUCAGUCACACUAAGGCCAUGUCCACAUUUCUCCAGGAGGAAUCCCAGAAUGCAGAGAAGAAAUGUACCAAAUCAGUGCAGUAUAAGAUUUUGGAGAGCAGGGUGUUGGACUCAAAAGAAUCCUUGAGUUAUAAGCUGCACACAGAGUCAGAUGCACCAUUUGGAGUGUGCCCUGCAGCCAGCCAACUCACGGAUGCCAUAAGCAAGGACACCAUAGCACAGAUUAGCAGUAAAAUGGACAAGUUGUCAUCUCGAUUUUAUCCUGUAGACAACAAACCCGGUCUUCCAGAGAAGGAGAGCCUCAUCUUUGUGGGAGAAACUCAGAAACUUAAUCUUCCAGAAAGAAAAGAGAAACCAUCACUCAAAGGAGAGGCACAGAAUCCAGCCAGUACAGAAGUGACAAAAACAGCAGAAGCACAGACCAGUGCAACAGCAACACUUGAAGGCUCCCCAAAGAACCAGGACUCUGACAGCUCCAUCAGUAAGCCAGAGGAAGAAUGUUGCAAGCAAGAGCAGAGCCCAAGAGAGUUUUUUAGGAAAGGGUCACUAAGGCUAAAGCAGUUGUUAAACCCCAAAGGUGAGAAGAAGUCAGAAGAAGAAACUAUCACUGAGAGCUGGAAGCCAGACAAACAAAGCAUGAGCCUCAAGCGAACCUCCAAGGCUGAUCUGCAAGAAAUCAGGGAGGAGGAGAAGUCUCCAAAGCUGACUUCACCACCUGUCUUCAAAGGGAAUCCACCUCGGUUUCCGUCAUCUACUGCCAACGUUCUCUACAGUAGCAACCUCCGUGAUGACACAAAGGUAAUUUUGGAGCAAAUUUCUGCCAACAGUCAGAAGAACCGAGCAGAAUUGGCUAGGCAGCUUCCAAUUGCUUGCAACCCUGAGCUGUCCAAGUCCACAACCAGCCUGGACAACCGAGGUGAAGAGAAAAGCACAGGGAUCAGCCGGUCAGAAAGCUUCGGCAGUCACAAGAGGAUGCUUCAGAGAGAACCUUCCGAGGACAGAGAUUCUCUUCUGAAGAGGAUGGAGAGCAUGCGCAAAGAAAAGCGAGUCUACAGCCGAUUCGAGGUCUUCUGCAAGAAGGACGAGCAAGGUGAAGAGGAAUGUGACCCGGAUGCCAAAGACAAGAAGAUGGGGAAGUUCAUGCCCAAACUUCUGGGCACAUUCAAAACCAAAAAAUGACUCUAGACAUUGUUGCCUGUUUCCACCUACCUGGGGAUGAAAUGCUGCUGCUGGACAACUGUAUUGACCCACCCAUCCUAGUGCUGAUGAACGGGGUUGGGCGAGACGAGGGGCUGGGUGGCAGAGGAAGUGCCUGUCACUUAAAAGUUGACCCAAAGGUCAUACUGUGCAAGAAGAUGCACGGCUUCCAAUCCCCCCCCCCAAAAAAAACCCCUUCAUCUUGCUUGGGAAAACCCCACAAAAAGGAGUCCCCACAAAACCCCCCCAACAACCACCACAAAAAGGAGUCCCAUAAGCACCUUUCUUUGACAAUAGGUGAACUCUUAACUCCCAGCUAAUCUGCCAGGCCUGUGAGCUUCACUGACCUUUUUAUAGAGAAAGAGGCUGCCUCCCCCUUCUCAGGGGACGGCUCAGGAAAAGGGUCUCUUCAGAGCAUGAGCCUCUCCUUAUUCCUCGCGGUAGCAGAGGCUGCCUUGACUCGCACGGACUCACCCUGUAAACUCCAAGAGUGCUCUUUCCCUUGGGUAUUUCCCUCAUUGGGUGGGUGAGUGAAGGGCAGCAGGGCGGUGGGGUGGAGGGCCUGUCUGAGGAGAGCAGGAUGCAGCGCAGAGCAGAGGGCAGAAGGUGGACACCUGGCAGUGGAGCACCCAGUAGACCUGAGCAGAUGUGGCUUCCUGGCAGCACUGGAGGGAAGGAAGCUCAGUGGAUAGGAGAAGAGCCUUGCUCACCAUGUGGAGCAUGAAGAAUUGGGAGGCAGUGGGGGUGGGGCAGCUGUAUGGAAGCAGGAGCACUUUCAGGCCUCCUCCUUCUCACCAAGUGGCCGCUUACCGCACUUAGGGACUCAGGCUGAAUUGCUCUUGGCAACCCUUCCAUAGAGGCUGGGAUCAACUGUACCGGAUGCUCCCCACAAGGAAGAAAGAGUGUAGAGCACGGCCUUCCCUCCUGGUUCAGGAGGAAGGGGGAGGGGUGGAGGGGGUAGUAAAAGAUUCCUUCCUUUGGUCCUUCCUGGAAGACCCUAGAGGAGUGUGAAGAAAGGGGGGAGCGCCAAGCUUGGGAAAGCAACCCCCCUUCUCUCCCCCCACCAAUGACCUUUACAGAGGAGCUCUUCCCCUCCCCUUGUGGCCAUUGCCUUGUCUUGAAUGAAGCCAGUGGCAGUGCCUCCGUUUGUGUGGGACUGGGGGAAGGGUCCAUUCAGCCUCUUGCACAAGGGAGAAGAUGAAGCAAUGUGAAGGGGAGGGAGUGUGUGUGUGUGAGUGUGAGGGGAAAAUAAAGUCCAGGAAAUACAGACCUCUGUGUGUGGGUUGCCUGAGGCACAAAAUCUCUCUCUCUCUCUCUCUGGAGUGGGGGUGGGGCAGUGGCUCUGCCUCCACCAGUGCCCAACAGGGUCUUCGUGUGGACCCUCCUGCAGGGCAGCAGAUCCACUAGGCCCACCCCUGCCACCAGAGCCCCGGAGAGGGAGAGAGAUUCUGGCAACCCACACGCAGAGGCCUGUAUUUCCUGGACUUUAUUUCCCCCCACCUUCCCUCAGGAACACGGAGCAGAGCUGUGGGCAGCGUCUCCAGGCAGCAGCCCCAGCAGAAGCCUGCGGGGACCACCCCAAGUUGUGAUGCGAGCAGCAGCAGCAGCAGCAGGACCUGCCUCUUUGGCCUGCUCUGAUCAGCUGGCCCCGUGGAGCCGUAAGCAGCAAGGAGAGCACUGGAUCACCAGAGGCAGCACAGGUCUGUCAUGGCACAACUGGGAACGUUUGGCAGAAAGAGAAAGAAAUAAACCUGUAAAUACAUAAACCAAAAA